GUAGCAAAUGAGCAUUUGAAAGUAGUAAUUUAAAAAAUUUUAAAUAUUUUUUGUUUGUAAAUUUAUUUGUGUAAAAAUAUAAUUUUUUUUUGGAAAUCGUAAUCAAAAUUAUGGCAAACAGUAAUAAGCCAUUGGAAAUAUCUGGUCAACAUUUAAGCCUACAGUCACUAGCAUCACAACGUUAUCUGCCCAAAUUGGCUCAUGCCAAAACCAGCCGCAUUUACACAGGCCGCAUCGGUGCCUCGUCCUCCGCCCUCAAGGAAUUGAAAAAAGAAAAACGUAAGAGACCCACCAGAUCAACAGCCUCGAUUUCAAGAUUAAUUGAGCUACCCCGACCGGAUGUUUUAAAUAGCUACUUAUCGUAUGGUGAAAUUCUACAAUAUUUGGAUUAUCUACGUUUACGUUAUUGUGAAUUUGUAAAGCUUCACACCUUGGGACUCUCCUACGAAAGACGUCCCAUACGAGCCAUAGAAAUUCAUUGGAAUAGUGAACGAAAUUUAUGGGCCCAGGCGAAAGAGAAUCGUAUCUCUUCGGCGCCCAGUACAUAUUGUGGGGAAUUAAAGGAGUUGGAGUUGUGUGCACCGGAACGAGGCCGAAACACGGUGUUCAUUGAGGCCGGCACGCAUGCUCGUGAAUGGAUUACCGUAACGGUUGCUUUGCACUGCAUUCACCAGCUGACGGAAAAGAAUGGCCGUCAUCGGGAGUUGUUGAGGAAAUUGCGUUUCUUUAUUGUGCCCGUAGUUAAUCCCGAUGGCUAUGAAUAUUCCAAAAAUAAGAAUCCUCGAUGGCGUAAAAAUCGUCGUCCCCACGACGAUGAUGGCUAUGUGGGAACAGAUUGUAAUCGUAAUUUUGAUAUCCAUUGGGAUCAAUGCAAAUCGAAAGCGAAAAGAAACACUUAUCCAGGCGAUAAACCCUUCUCUGAACCGGAAACGAAAUCCCUUGCCCAGAUGCUACACAAGCUGGCACCAAAACUUUUAUUCUUUCUGUCAUUGCACUCAUAUGCUCAAUGUAUAAUGUAUCCCUGGGGCCAUAGCAAAUCCUUACCCCAAGACUACAAACUAAUGGAAAGUGUGGCCAUGGCCGCCAGGAAUGCAAUUAAAUCAUACAAUGGCCGUUACUAUCGUGUUGGAAGCAUUUCAAAUAUUACCAAACGAAUCAUUGCCGGUUCUGUGGUCGACUAUGCAUAUGGUGUUGUUAAAAUCCCCAUUUGCCUGGUAAUGGAGUUGCCAUCUACAGAAUAUGGGUUUCAACCACCACCAGAAAAGAUUAGUCCACUGAGCAGUGAAAGUUGGUGUGGUAUACGAGAAAUGUGCAAACAAGCCUAUAGUAUUAAAUCGCAAAUAGACGAAAGUGAGGCAAAAGAAGUGCUUGAAAGUCAAAUGGAACCAAGUUUGCCAAAAAUCAUAAUUACUCCGAAGGAAGAAAGUAAUACGAAACCGAGUUCAAAUCUUGGGCAAUCUGAACAAGUUCUUUUGACGGAAUCAUUCGAGGAGGAAGCGAAAAACAACAACAAAAUACAACCUAAAUUUAAUGUUAAAACCCAAAGAGCUACUGAUUGCUAUUAUCCAUCGUUGAUAGAUGAUGAAUUUAAAUAAAACAUUCUUCUUGAAAUGUA